GCGGGGGCUCCCCUCCGCUCCCCGGAACAAUAAUAACUCGAUCCCAGUCCAGAUCGUCGCAGCAGAGGAAUCCCAGGGUCCCGGGCCGAAUCCAUUUCCAGUCUCUUCGGCCAAGAUCCAUUUCGUUCCUAGUUUUUUCUUUUCCUUGGUGAUCUGAUCUAGUCGCCCGUUCGCGUUCAAUAAUCCUAGCGGACAUCUCAUCUCGUCAGCCGUUACUGCGUAUGAUGGCGCUCAACCUUGCGCACCAGACCGGCGCGGCGGCGGCCGUGGCGGCGGCGGUACCGGCGGCGCCGCGCUCGGCGGUCGUCGCGGCGGCGGCCACCGUCGCGUCGCCCUCGACGGCGCCCUCCUCGGCACCCGCGCUCCAGGCGCAGACGCUGACGGUGGACCCGGCCCCGGUGCAGGCGACGGACUCGGUGAAGUCGGACCUCGCCAUGGCGUGCCAGGCGCUGGUGGAGGCCGCGCCGGAGGCGGAGCACGCGGACGUGGCCGCCGAGCUGAAGAGCAAGGCCGGCGUGCCGGUGUUCGUGAUGAUGCCGCUCGACACGGUGCGCAAGGACGGCAACAGCCUCAACCGGCGGAGGGCGGUGGAGGCCAGCCUGGCGGCGCUCAAGAGCGCCGGCGUCGAGGGCAUCAUGGUGGACGUGUGGUGGGGUAUCGCCGAGGCCGAGGGCCCCGGACAGUACAACUUCAACGGCUACAUGGAGCUCAUGGAGAUGGCCAGGAAGAACGGGCUCAAGGUGCAGGCCGUCAUGUCCUUCCACCAGUGCGGCGGCAACGUCGGCGACUCAGUCACCAUACCACUUCCGAAAUGGGUUUUGGAGGAGAUGGACAAGGACCAGGACCUGGCCUACACCGACCGGAGCGGGCGCCGGAAUUACGAGUACGUCUCGCUGGGCUGCGACGCGCUGCCCGUGCUCAAGGGCCGCACCCCCAUCCAGUGCUACGCCGACUUCAUGCGCGCCUUCCGCGACCACUUCGCCACCUACAUGGGCAACACCAUCGUCGAGAUCCAGGUCGGCAUGGGCCCCGCCGGCGAGCUCCGCUACCCGUCCUACCCGGAGAGCAACGGCACCUGGUCCUUCCCUGGCAUCGGCGAGUUCCAGUGCUACGACAGGUACAUGCUGAGCAGCUUGAAGGCGGCGGCUGAGGCCGUGGGCAAGCCGGAGUGGGGCAACGCCGGACCGGGCGACUCCGGCAGCUACAAGGACUGGCCGGAGGACACGCCCUUCUUCCGGCGCGAGGGCGGGUGGAACACGGAGUACGGGCAGUUCUUCAUGAGCUGGUACUCGCAGAUGCUCCUGGAGCACGGCGAGCGCAUCCUCUCGGCGGCGACGGGCGUGUUCACGGCGUCGCCGGGGGUGAAGAUCUCGGUGAAGGUCGCCGGGAUCCACUGGCACUACGGCACCCGGUCCCACGCGGCGGAGCUGACGGCGGGGUACUACAACACCCGGCACCACGACGGGUACCAGCCGAUCGCGCGGAUGCUGGGGCGCCACGGCGCAGUGCUCAACUUCACGUGCGUGGAGAUGCGGGACCACGAGCAGCCGCAGGACGCGCAGUGCCGUCCCGAGGCGCUGGUGCAGCAGGUGGCGUUGGCGGCGCGGGACGCCGGCGUGGGGCUCGCCGGGGAGAACGCGCUGCCCCGGUACGACGAGACGGCGCACGACCAGGUGGUGGCGACGGCGGCGGAGAAGGCCGAGGAGGAGCGGAUGGUGGCGUUCACGUACCUCCGCAUGGGGCCCGACCUGUUCCAGCCCGACAACUGGCGCCGCUUCGCCGCGUUCGUGAAGCGCAUGUCCGGCGCCGGGAAGCGGGACAUGUGCAGGGAGCAGGUGGAGCGGGAGGCCUCCGGCGUCGCCCACGCCACCCAGCCGCUCGUGCAGGAGGCCGCCGUCGCGCUCACCAACUAAUCGACCGGGGCGUCGCGUUCCCCCGCGGCUUGGCUUGUUCGAUCUCUAGACGGUGAUACACCAUACUGCUACGUACUAGUAGUACGAUUCGUAAGCUGCGCUGAUCGGCCAUGCCGAUUUGGCGCGUGUACCGCUGGAAAGUGUAAGAAGGGAAAGGAAGCUGCGAGGUUAGGGGUGGGUGACUGGGCAUGGCACGUAGUUGCCAUGUUCGAAGCUUAGCAGGGAGAUUUGAGUCUGAUGCUCUUCUGCUGCUGUUAAUAACCUACGAAAAUGUAUGGAUAAACCCAUGAUUUGUACUGCUAUGAUAUCAAGAAAAAGAACAAUUUUCAUCAA